AUGGGAGAUCGGAGCGCGUCGCCGCACAGCGAAGCACCGCCGCAGCGCGAUGCACGGCCCAACGUGUACCUCUAUGGGCUGACGGACAAUGUGGACGACCGGCACCUGGACGAUAUUUUCGGGCAGUACGGGCCGCUGGCGCGUAUUCGCGUGCGGAGAGACACGGCGCGGCGCAGCGCUAUUCUCGAAUACGACCUCUUUGAGGACGCAGAAAAGGCCGUGGAACAUAUGGACCAUGGCCAAAUUGACGGAGCACUUAUUCGUGCAGUGCUCCAAGAAGACCCGUCGCUCGAUGUGCCUGUGCGGCCCCGGCGCGACGAGCGGCGCGACGAGCGGCAUCGUGGCAGCGGCCGGGGACGCGACGUGCCCCGCGACCGGGGCUGGGGCCGUGAUGCACGCGACCGGGGCUGGGGGAACGACACGCGCGACCGGGGCUGGGGCCGCCCGCCCGCACCCGACCGCGCCGAGCCUCCGCGCGACAGUGGCUGGCGGCGCGAGCCGUCGUACGAGCCCCGUGGACCAAGUCCCGAGGCAUUGUAG